CAUGGCCUCUAUCUCGUCAUCAUCAUCUCUCUCAUUUUUAUCCUCCGUUAACGCAUCUUCUUCUCCUUCUUCCUUUUCUCCAUCAUUCUCUCAACGACGAACCUCAAGAAAUACCAAACCAAAACGCUAUCAUGUUUCCAAAAUCUCAUGCAAAGCCAUGCAUAAUGAACCAGAAAACCCUAAAAAUAUCUCCCAAGAAAAUCAACAACUAUCUCAUGUUCUAGCUAACCGGAGGAAUGUUGUCCUUGGCCUUGGAGGGCUUUACGGUGUCGCCGCCGCAAACCCUUUUGCCUUCGCAGCUCCGGUGUCCCCACCAGACCUAACCACCUGCGGCCCACCGGAUCUACCAUCUGGCGUGAAACCAACCAAUUGUUGCCCACCAGUUUCGACAAAAAUCAUAGACUUCAAGCUCCCUUCCUCUAACCAACCCCUUAGGGUUAGACCGGCUGCUCACUUGGUCACCGCCGAUCACCUAGCAAAGUAUAAAAAAGCCACCGAGCUUAUGAAAGCUCUACCUUCCGAUGACCCGCGUAACUUCACUCAACAAGCUAACGUUCACUGUGCUUACUGUGACGGUGCGUAUCACCAAGUAGGGUUCCCUGACCUCGACCUCCAAGUCCAUAAUUCUUGGCUCUUCUUUCCCUUUCAUCGUUGGUACCUUUAUUUCUACGAGAGAAUCUUGGGGAGUUUGAUCGGAGAUCCCAGUUUUUCGUUGCCGUUCUGGAACUGGGAUUCUCCCGGGGGAAUGCAGCUUCCGGCCAUUUACACAGAUUCUGAUUCAUCUCUUUAUGAUGUUCUUCGUAGUGCUAAACACCAACCUCCCGCAAUCACUGACCUUGACUUUAAUCUCGAAGAUGCUAAUUCCACGUCUCAGAAUACUGGUAAUGAUCGAAGCUUCGUCACCAGUAAUCUCACCAUCAUGUAUAGGCAAAUGGUCUCCAACGCUAAAACUCCAAGACUAUUCUUCGGAAAUGCCUACCGAGCAGGAGAUGAGCCGGACCCCGGUGCUGGCUCGAUCGAGAACAUCCCUCACGGUCCGGUCCACUUAUGGACCGGCGACAACAAGCAGCCAAACAUCGAAGACAUGGGGACCUUUUACUCAGCUGCCAGGGACCCCAUUUUCUUCUGUCAUCAUUCCAACGUUGACAGAAUGUGGAGCUUAUGGAAAACCCUAGGAGGCAAGAGGAGAGAGAUAACGGACCCAGACUGGUUAAACUCAGGCUUCCUCUUCUACGACGAGAACAAGAACCUCGUACACGUCAAAGUCAAGGAUUGCCUCGACACAAGAAACCUAGGGUACGUCUAUCAAGACGUCGACAUUCCAUGGUUGAAAUCUAAGCCCACACCACGUCGUAGGCCUUCAUCAAAAACUCAGAAGGUAUCCCUGGUUCCUCAACUUUUCGGUGUUGGAGCAGCUCAAGCUGCUGAGACUUCUUCAAAAUCUGCCAAGUUCCCUCUAGUUCUGGAUUCUACAGUGAGUACUUUUGUGAAGAGGCCGAAGAAGGGGAGGAGCAAGAAGGAGAAGGAAGAUCAGGAGGAAGUGUUGGUGAUUGAAGGGAUUGAGUUUGAGAGAAAUGACGCAGUGAAGUUCGACGUGUUUGUUAAUGAUGAAGAUGAUAAGGUUAUUAGGCCAGAUGAUACAGAGUUCGCAGGAAGUUUUGUAAGUGUGCCUCACACGCAUAAGCACAAGAACAAGAAAAUUAUAACAUGUUUGAGGUUGGGGCUGACUGAUUUGUUGGAGGAUUUGGAAGCCGAGGACGAUGAUAGUGUUCGUGUGACUUUGGUUCCGAGGUAUGGGAAAGGGAGUGUCACAAUCAGAGGCAUAAAGAUUGAGCUUCUUGCAGACUGAGAUUUCUCAAGAGCUUAGCUUGAUGGUGAAUAUUCAUGGUGGCUCGCUCCGAUUGGUUUUUUUUAACAGUUUAUUUUCCUUACUUUUUUUUUUGGCAGCUAAAAUCAUUAAACUUCACGAUGUAAAUUUUAAUGUCCACAUAAGAUGGCACGUGAGACCUUUUCAUGAGAAUAAAAGAAAGUUGGCUCGUCUAUAAUUUGUAGGAUGAAUAGAUUUU